AUGAAAUUCAGACCAAGUUUUCUUUCCAUUUUCAUUCAUCUUUUACUUGUUACCUUAUUGCAUGCAAGUGAUCCUCCUUUAUCCUUGGAUUAUUACAAGUCUACAUGCCCAAAUGCAGAAGCUAUUGUCAGGAAAGAAAUGGAAUGUGCUGUAUUAUCUGACCCCCGUAACGCAGCCCUCAUACUACGAUUGCAUUUUCAUGACUGUUUUGUACAGGGAUGUGAUGGUUCGGUGUUGCUGGAUGACACAGUCACAUUUCAAGGAGAGAAGAACGCACCCACAAAUUUGGAUGCAUUGAAAGGGUUUGACAUCAUAGAUAGGAUCAAGAACAAACUGGAAUCCGAGUGUCCUGGAACAGUUUCGUGUGCAGAUGCCCUUACUAUCGCCGCAAGAGAUGCUACCCUCCUGGUUGGGGGGCCUUAUUGGGAUGUCCCAGUAGGUAGAAAAGACUCAAAAUCUGGUAGCUUUGCCCUAGUGGAAACAAACAUACCUGGUGCAAACGAUGGCCUGCUAUCCAUCAUCGCUAAGUUUAUAUAUCAAGGCCUCUCUGUCACUGACAUGGUAGCGCUUUCAGGUGCUCACACGAUUGGCAUGGCUCGUUGUACUAAUUAUCGAGCCAGAAUCUAUGGGGACUAUCAGAUAACAUCCACAAUGAACCCCAUCGUCAAGUCAAACCUCAAAACGUUAAAAUCAACAUGCCCUGUAGCUGGAGGAGGGGACAACAAUGAAGCUGCAAUGGACUAUGUUUCGCCAAACCUCUUUGACAAUUCUUAUUAUCAUUUGCUGUUAAACGGAGAAGGCCUACUUAAUUCGGAUCAAGAACUCUACUCAAGUAUCCUUGGGAUUGAAACAAAGAAACUUGUGAAGAAAUACGCCUUGGAUCCGCUUGCAUUUUUUGAACAGUUUUCGGAGUCAAUGGUGAAACUUGGAAACAUUACAAAUCCAGAAACCUAUGCUGAUGGGGAAGUUAGAAAGAAUUGUAGGUUCAUGAACACAUAAAAAUGGCUGUGUUCUUCAUGCAUGUAUCUUGUUCUUUGUUUUUGCAUUUAUAAAAAUGUGUAAAAAUUGAAGAGUGUGAAAUCUUUGUUACCGGUUCUGUAACAGAAAAAACUGACACAGCAUGUCAUACGAUGAUAGAGC